UUCAGUGGUGAACUAUUUCUGGCUGAUAGGUUAUAAGAUAUGUAAAGCUUUCUAGUACUCUUAAAAUAACUAAAUGGAGUAUUAUAUAUCAAUUCAUAUCAUUGACUUUAUUUUAGUAGUAUGCCUAUAGAAAAUAUUAUGGACUCAGUGUGUCAUAAAAUCACUCUUAAGAAUCCAUCCAGCAGGCCAGGCACAAUGGCUUACACCUGUAAUCCCUGCACUUUGGGAGGCCAAGACAGGCGGAUCAUUUGAGGUCAGGAGUUUGAAACCAGCCUGGCCAACACAGUGAAACCCUAUCUCUACUAAAAAUACAAAAGGUUAGCCGGGCAUGGUGGCAGGCGCCUGUAAUCCCAGCGACUCAGGAGGCUGAGGCAGGAGAAUUGCUUGAACCCAGGAGGCAAAGGUUGCAGUGAGCCAAGAUCACGCCACUGCACUCCAGCCUGGGCAACAGACCUCGACUCCAUCUAGGAAAAAAAAAAAAAAAUCCAGCAGACAUCUAUCAGGAACAUAGAAAAUAACAAGUGUUGGCAAGGAUGUGGAGAAAUUGGAACACUUGUGCACUGUUCGUAGAAAUAUGAAAUGGUACAGCCAUUAUGGAAAAGUGUGGUGAUUCCUCAUAAAAUUAAAAUGGAAAUACCAUGAUCCAGCAAUCCCAGUCAACAUAUAUACUCAAAAAAAUUAAAAGCAGGGUCUUGAAGAGAUACUUGUGUUCCAUGGUGAUAGCAGCCAUUAUUCACAAUAGCUAAAACAUAGAAGCAGCCUAAUUGGCCAUCAGUAGAUGAAUGGGUAAGCAAAAUGUAGUAUAUCCAUGCAAUGGAAUAUUAUUCCACUUCAAGGAAGAAAAUUCUGACACUGGCUACAGCAUGAAUGAACCUUGAGGACGUUAUGCAGUUUUACAGGAUGAGUUAUGGAGCUGGAUAGUGGUGAUGGUGGCACAUUAAGGAUGUAUUUAAUACUGUUCUUAAAUGGUACACUUAAAAAUGGUAAAUUUUAUGUGUAUCUUACAAUCUUUUUUUAAAUUGAAGAAAAAUCCUGUAGAUAAAUUAGAAAAUUCUUCCCUUCAUAGGUUUAUCUGCAUUUGAUUCUCCAUGCUUGUACAAGGAUUUAUUUGUAUUCAAAUGGCAAAUUACGUAAUAGGAAAUACUUGAAAAUAUUUAUCAUGGGUAAUUGCUAUUUUCUUGACUUCCUAAGAUUUUAUGUAAUAAUCAUUUGAGUCAAUAUUGGUAGCUAAUGUACUAAUCUAAUAUUGAUAUCUUUGUUACUUAAAGAUAAUUUGAUUGGAUCAGCAGUUAUUUCAAAUUGAUUAAACAAAAAAUUAUAAAACACCUAGUUUGUGCUAAGCAACAUAAUGCAGUGAUCAUACAGAGAUAAAAGUCCUUAACUCAGAGUUAAAUAUCUACUAGGAAGACAGCAAGAAUAUGUGAUAAUACAAACUUGAGCACAGGGUGCUCUCAGUGUGGCAAGCACCAUUUUAGGUAGUCUCACCAGCCUCUUGUUUCCCUAAUAUACAUCAUCCAGGUCAAGGUUCAGUCAGAGAAGCAGAAUAUAUGUUUAUAUAUAAGGAAUUUGACUACGCUGUUGUGGGAGCUAAACAAUCUGUAAAGCUGUUAGUGUUCUUUCUGAUGCUGGAGCUUAGAGUCCACACCACAGUCAGUUAAGGGAAGAUGGAUGUAAAAUGGGAGGCAGUUAAGAACAAGUGGAAAUAACAAGCACAGACAAACCCAUGUCAGUUUUUAUCAUCUCUGGCCUUGAUAGUGGUUGUCCUGUAUAACCCCCUAUCCAACACAAACAUGUGGUUUAGAGAAACCUGGUUAGAGAAACAAGAGUGAUCCAGGGAAAGGAUGGGAAGUUGUCCAGCUGCAGCUUGUGAGCUAACACAACAUGUAUGAGCUAUAAAACAGCUGCUGCUUCACAUUCAUCCUCCAAAUUUUGCUCAAGACUUGUGGCUUACCCUAACCAGAACAUUGAGGGAAGAUAAUUCUGGAAAAUGUAGUUCUGCCUAACCAAGCUGACAUUACAAACCACCACAAUAACUAUCCUGUCAAUAAUUGUUAACCUGAAUGAAUAAUGCUUAAAGAUUUCAGCCCCAGGAGAUCAAGUAAAACAGAGAGAGAGGGAAAGUGACAGAUUCGAAAACAAAUGGUGUCUGAGCUGGCAUUUGGAAGUUAGCCAAGAGGGUGUCUCAGGGAUUACAUAGAGUCCAGGAAGAUGGAACAGCAUAGAUGUAGGGGAGUGUGACAUUUUAAAAACUCUCAAGUUUGAGUGAAAUAUAAAUAUUUAAUAAAUUAUAUUAAUGGGUUUUUUUGGUUGGUUUUUUUUUUUUCUUUGAGACGGAGUCUCACUCUGUUGCCCAAGCUGGAGUGCAGUGGUGCGAUCUCUGCUCACUGCAAGCUCCGCCUCCCGGGUUCACGCCAUUCUCCUGCCUCAGCCUCCCAAGUAGCUGGGACUACAGGCACCUGCCACCAUGCCCGGCUAAUUUUUUGUAUUUUUAGUAGAGACGGGGUUUCAUCAUGUUUGCCAGGAUGGUCUCAAUCACCUGACCUCGUGAUCUGCCCGCCUCGGCUUCCCAAAGGGUUUUUUGGGUUUUUUUGUUUUUGUUUUUGUUUUGAGACAGGGUCUGGCUCUGUCACCCAGGCCAGAGUGUGCAGUGGUGCAAUCUCGGCUCACUGUAGUCUCCGCCUCCUGGGCUCAAGUGAUCCUCCCACCUUAGCCUCCUGAGUAGCUGGGACUACAGGCAUGCACCACCACGCCCAUCUAAUUUUUGUGGGGCUUUUGGUAGAGACUGGGUCUCACCAUGUUGCACAGGCUUGUCUCAAACUCCUAGGCUCAAGCAAUCUGCUGGCUUUAGCCUCCUAAAGUUCUGGGAUUACAGGCGUGAGCCACAGCACCUGGCCUAUAUUAGUGUUCUUAAAUGAUGUGCUUAGAAGUUGGAUUUUGUGAUGACAGAGGGCAGCCUCCCAAAAGUUUUAAGCAAUAGGAAUGAUGACUAGAUUUUUGUUUCAGAAAAAUCACUAGCGACAGAGGGUGGUUUGGAGAGGCAAGACUAGUUAGGCUGUUGGAUCAUUCUGGCUAACCGACAUUGAAGGCCUUAACCAAAGGCCUUGGCAGUACAGAUGGAAAGAAUUGACGAGAAAUAUUAAAGGCAACAUUUGUAGGACCUGGCUGAGGAGAAUACGGAAGAAGGAAAGAAUCAGGUUGAGUCAGGAUUCUUGCUUGAGAGAAUAGAAAAGGGAGGUACUAUUCACUGAUUUGUAAUACAGGGGAAACUGUGCUUCAGGAAAGGAAAGAAUAGGGCUAAGUAUACAGCCAUGAAAACUCAUCAAUGUUUGAGGCAUGGCAGAGAAAAAAGAAUUCUGCAAAAGUGGGAAUGGCCAGUCAUUGGACGAAAACCAGGGGGGAGUAGUGUCGUAAAAUUGAGAGAGUGGAGAGUUUCAUCUAAGAAGAGUCAAUAGUAACCAAUUUUUUAGGGAGAUUAAGAGAAGGACUGAAAGUGCCAAUUAGAGCUAAGAGCUUAGAGGUCUUUGAUGCCCUUACAGUAGUUUGGUUGAAUGGUAGGGACAGAAGAAGAUUACAUGGGGUUAAAAGGAUUGAACAGCAAUGAAGAAAUUGACUUAAAUAUAGAAUAAUUUCCAGAACAUUUCUCACCCCAGUAACUAGAGGGAACCAAAGGUUGGCUCAGGGGAAUGUUGUUUUAAGAUAAGAGGCUUGAAUGAAGAAAAAGUCAAUGGAAGAAGAGGAUGAAAAGAAAACAGUGAAGGAAGAUACACAUAGUAAUAUCCCUAAGUGAGAGAAUAAUAUUCAGAUGACAGGAAUUAACAGAAGGUAAACAUCUUCCAUUGAAACUAGAAAGAUAAAGAUAGACCUUGAAAGAAUGAAGUUUUUCACUGGGGGAACAGGAAGCUCAUUCAACAAUCAUUUAUAAAAAAAAAAAUACCAUGUGUCAUGCUUACUGCUAGAAAUUAAGAUAAGACAAUAUGUCAUCUCAUCUCCACAGACUUUACAGUCUAGCAAUGUAGACAUAGACUAGUAUAAGGGUUGCCAUUGUUAAAACUGUAGGGUGGUAGGUGCAUAUAUAAGUAAACUUAAUCUAGUGUAGGAGAUUAUGAAAGGCCUUCUGGAGCAAGUAAUAUUUAAAUUGGUAUCUGUAGAAAAGAGAGAUCAUCAAACAGAGGGAAUAUUAAUACCUUGUGCAAAGCGCCUGAGAUAGGAAAGAACAUGGCACCUUGAAAAACAAUUCUAGAAAUGAAUGAAUGGAGCACAGAGAGGGAAAGGGAGGGUGUGAGAGAUAAUGCUGGAGAAGUGGAUCAUCCAGAUUAUGCACGUUUAUGGCCUUUUUGACCAUAUUAAAGAAUUCUAUGUUUUUUUUUUUUUUAAUAAUGGAAAGCCAGUUGUGUUUUUUUAAGAGACUUUAUGCAAGGUAAGUAUGGAUAAUGUAUUAAAAGAGUUACCAGCAAACUUUUCCUCUUUAGGGCCAGAUUGUAAUGGGUCAGACUCUGAGGGCCACAUACAGUCUGUGCUACAUAAUUGUCUUUAUGUUUUGUUGCGUUUUCUUUUUACAACCGUUUGACCCCUGUAAGACUGUAGAAAAUAGUAAGAGUAGGUGGUGGGAGCAUCUAGGAAGCUAUCAGAGUAGUCUAAGGAGGACCUGAUAUGGCUUGGGAGAGAAUGGCCAUAAUGAGAAAGAAGAGACUUGCCAUAAGAUUUUAGAGUUUGAAUUAACAAAGCUUGCUUGUAGAUAGGAGGAGAGGAGGAUGUGAGAUUGAGGAAAGCAUGUAAAUUGCCUCGUAGGGUUCUGGCUGUGUGGUACUGUUAAUUAAGAUACAAAAUAGAGGAGAAGAAGCAGGUUUUAAGGGGGAAGCUACUGCAUUCAGUUUUAUUGUUGAAUGUAAGUUGACAAUUAGAUGGUUCUAUGGCAACAUGAGGAAAUGAGCUUCAGAUCUGGUAAAAGUAAUGGCCAAAAAAACAAAGUAGGGCAUCAUUAGCAUAUAGACAGUAAGUCCAGGGAAUGGCUAAGGUAACAUAGGAAAAUUGUAUGGAGUAAGAAGAGAGGGCUGUCUCAGCCAGAUUGGAUGGAGGAAAUCAAGCAGGCAAAGGAGACUGGUGAGAAAGGGCCAAUUUCAAUUAUGAUUUUUUUGACCUAUGAUUUACUUAAAAGUAUGUUUUUGAAAUUUCUAAACAUAUUUGUUCUUUCAGUUCUUUUUAUUGUUGAUUUCUAACUUAAUUACGGGCUGGUCAGAGAAUGUGGUCCGUAUGAUAUCAACUUGAAAUGAUUGAGAGUCACUUUCAGCCUAAAACAGGUGUCAGCAAACUAUAACCUGUGAGCUAAAUCUGGCCUGCCACCUAGUUUUGUACAGCCUGGAAGCUAAGCAUGAUUUUUACAUUUUAAAUAUUAUACAUAAAAAUUAUACAAAAUUCAAAUUUUAGUGUCCAUAAAUAAAGUUUUAUUAGAACAUAGCUACACUCAUUCAUUUACAUAUUGUCUGUGGCUUCUUUGUUAUCAUGUUGACAGAGCUGAGUACUAGCAACAGAGACCAUAUGCUCCACAAAGCCCAAAAUAUUUACUAUCUGCCCUUCACAGAAAAAGUUUACCUGCCCCUGGCUUCCAGUGUGUUCAAUUUUUAAUGUUUUAGGUGUUCUUGAAAGAAAUCUGUACUCUCCAGAUAACAUAUGCAGGGUUUUAUAUAUGUUUAUUAAUCUUACUGACUGUGUUACACAAAUUUAUAUACUUACAACAUUUGUCUGCUUAAUCUACCAAAUACUGAGAAAUGUAAACUAAAUUUCCUAAUUUGGCAGCGGAUCUGUUAAGUUUGUUUUUUUUGUUUGUUUGUUUUGGGGCUUUUUUUAUAGUUCUGUCAAUUUUACUUUAUAAAUUUAUAGUUUAGGUAACUAGAAGCAAAUAAGUUUAGAAUUGUUAUCUCCUCUCACUGAGUUAAGCUUUUAUCAGUAUGUAAUGAUGAUCUCUUUUUUUAACUAAUAGUGUCUACAUUAAGGUAUAUUUUGCCUGAUAUGAAUAUACCAGCUAUCUUGUUAACAUUUUCCUGGUGUAACUUUUCAUCCUUCUUUCAACCUCUAUGGCUGUUUAAGUUCUAGAUACAUAUUUUCAAACAGCAUAUAGCAGAUUUUUUAUUCAAUCUGGCAAUCUUUGACUUUAAAGAGUAUAGUCCAUUUUCAUUUAUUGUAAUUAGCAAUUACUGUUCUAUUCUGAUUCAUUCCCACUAAGAUAUUUUAUAUUUUCUGUUUUGUAGCCUAUUCUGGUUUUUGCUAUUCAUUGUUUUGGAUUGACUAAUUUAAUUCCAAUUGUUUUUUUCUCUAAUAGUUUGAGUUACUCUAUUUCUGUUAUAAUGAUCACUCUAGAAAUUUUAAUAUUUUAAUCUCUCUUUUAUGUUUUAUCUUGUUGCCUGUGUUAUGUUUCUAGUCUACUGUUUUUCCCUUCAAAUGUUUUAAACUUGUUAUUUAUCCCCACUAUUGAAUUUCUAUCUUAGUCCAUUUAUGCUUCUAUGACAGAGUACCUGAGACUGGAUAAUUUAUAAAGAAAAUACAAUUAAUUUUUCACAAUGCUGGGGGCUGGAAAGUCCAAGAUCAAGGUGGCAGCCAGAUUGGUAUCUGGUGAGGACUGCUCUCUGCUUCUGAGAUGGCACCUUGCUUCUGUACCUUCUGGUGGGAAGGCAUACUGUGUCCUCACAUGGCAGAAGGGACAGAAGGGCAAGAGAGAACUCUUUUCAACCUUGAGCCGUUUUGUAAGGAUGCUAAAUCCAUUCAGGGGGCAAGGUCCUCAUGACUUAAUCAUCUACCAAAAGGCUUUCCCUCUCAAAACCAUCGUAAUGCGGAUUAAGUUUCAACAUGAAUUUUGAAGGGGACACAUCAAACACAGCAAUUUCUAAUUUCAAUGAUAGGUUUAAUAUCUUUACAUUCUACUUAUUUCUUUUCAAAUUUGCCUGAUUAUUUUAGUACUUUUUUGUUCCAUCAUUACACUUUCAAUAUCCACUUUAUUUACUUAAAAAUAUUAAGCAUACUUUUAUUUUGGAUCUGAUCAUUCUUGUACUUACAGCCUUUGCAGGUCUCUGUGUCUAACAUUUGUGGUUUGUUAUUUCUGCUGUCUCUUUCAUGAUGGCUUGAUUACUUUUUGUGUUUUUGUGAUUUGUCUUGUUGUUAGCUCAUAUUUAUUGGAAAUGGGUCUGUGGAAGUCUUUGACACCUGGUCGAAGAGGCAUUCUUCUACAGAUAACUUGCAUUUUCUUCUCCCAGUGUCCAACUUAAACAACCAAUUUAAACUUGGAAUUUUGAGGUCCACAGACAGUACAAAGUCUGGCCUAAAACCUCCUAAAGUUAGGUUUGUGGUUAGGAAUGUCCAAGGAAAAGGUAUUUUGUUUUGUUUUUCUUUUUGUCCCCUUCUAUCCAGAGCCAAGCUUGAGAUAAGCAAGUAUGACAGGCAGAAUUCUACAGUGCCCCAUGAUCUCUGCUCCCUUGUGUUACCCCAAGUAUAAUCCUCCCUCCCCUGAAUGUGGGUGGAAUCUGUGACUUGCAUCUAAUCAAUAGAAUAUGGCAAAGGUGACAGGCUGUCACUUCCAUCAUGACAUUACGUUAUAUACAACUUUGUCUUAACAGGCUAGAGAGACUCUUCUAUGGCAUUCAAACUGCCAUGUUGUGAACUGCCUGUGGAGAGAACCACAAAGCAGGGAACUGUAGACAGCCUCUUGGACCUGCAAACAGACUCCAGCUGACAACCAGUGAGAAGCCAGGGCCCUCAGUCAUAUAAGUCACAAGGAAAUGAGUUCAUCCAACAACCAGAGGGAAUUUGGAAGUAUAUCUUCUCCUAGUCAAGCCUCUGAUAAGAACACAACCCCAGCCAAUACCUGGAUUACAGCCUGGAGCAGUAACGGAAGCAAGUGAAAUGCUCGGUCUUAGACAAUUGCGUCGUGCUAUGACCGGACCUUUUCUUGAAAGGGGAUGACAGCAUGGGAGGAAGUGGCUCCACAUCUAAACCCAACACUGAAAGACAAGGCACUCUCUCCACAGCAGCCCCAACAACUAGCCCUGCACCCUGUCUCUCUAACCACCACAACAAAAAACAUUUAAUCCUUGCCUUUUGUGCUGGGGUUCUACUGACACUGCUGCUGAUAGCCUUUAUCUUCCUCAUCAUAAAGAGCUACAGAAAAUGUCACUCCAAGCCCCGGGCCUCGGAUCCUCACUCAGAUCCUCCGGCCAAGCUUUCAUCCAUCCCAGGGGAAUCACUUACCUAUGCCAGCACGACUUUCAAACUCUCAGAAGAAAAGAGCAAUCACUUGGCUGAGAACCAUUCUGCAGACUUUGACCCCAUUGUCUAUGCUCAAAUUAAAGUAACAAACUAACCCGGCUUUUCCAAUGAGGCUUGAAUCCAUUUCCUCUCAUCUCAGCCCUAUCUUCACACAUCACUUUCCCUUUUUUACAAAUUUUGGACCACCACCUGUGUGAAACUGCAGUUGGAGUUGUUUAGAUGUGAUCUGGCAAUGCUAUCCACAGCUUUGGAGACCAAUGGUCAGUCUUUUCCUGGACAGAGAAAAGAUUGAUGGCCCACCCGCUUGAACUGACAGCCUGUGAGCCCCUUGGGGGCAUAGACUGCCUUCCUUGGACCCUUCCAAAGUGUGUGGUACAGAGCUCAGUGCACAGAGUAUUCACCCAGCAUCAUGAAUCAACUUGGGAGGAGUCAACCAAAUAAACAAUCUACCAAGAAUUUCAAAUAAAGUCAAACCCCCCCA